GAGAGUAUUAGGUGUUUCACAUUGUUCAGUAUGCGUAAAUACUGAAAAUAGUGCUGGUGGAUCCAAGAGACGUUCAUUAUAAUGGCAUAACGUAAAUUAAUGUUUUAAACUCUUAAAUUGUGAGUGAAUUGAAAUUAAAGUUGUAAAAUGGGUGUUAAGGCUGGAACCGUGGGCUUUGAAGAAGCCCUUAACGCCACAGGCUUCGGGCGCUUCAACCUGGCGAUGCUGCUGCUGUGCGGCUCGCUGGUGAUGGCCAUGUUCUUCGAGACGGCCGCCGUCAGCUUCCUCGCCACGGCCAGCGCCUGCGAGCUGGGGACCUCCAGCGUGGAGCAGGGGCUCAUGGCCGCCACGCCCAUGUUCGGAAUCAUAGCCACCUCCCACAUCUGGGGCUACUUCGCGGACACUAAGGGCAGGCGCCUGGUCCUGCUCGUCUCCCUCGUACUCGGCUUCACCACGGGCCUGCUCAGCGCCCUGGCGCCAAACUGGGUCGUGCUGAGUGCCUUCAAACUCGUGUCUGCUAGUGCCAUGUCGGGAACAUUUUCGCUAGCCAACACGAUGCUCAGUGAAUGCACGCCGGUGGCCAAGAGGAAUGCCAUGAUCAUUCUGUCUACCAGCAUGUGUAUAGCUGCCAACGGAUGUAUGGCAGUCCUCGCCAUCCCAAUUCUGCCCCUCACAUUCUCCUUCUACAUCAGCCUCCUCGACAUCCACUUCAACUCCUGGCGGCUGCUCUGCAUGAUCUACAGCCUGCCCUGUGCGUUAGGCUUCUUGGGCGUCUACUUCUGUUUUGAAAGCCCUAAAUACCUUCUUAGCGCUGGUCAUGAAGAUAAGGCUUUAGAAGUGCUGAAGAAGAUUUACUCCAUCAACAAAAGCGAUUCUGCAGAUAAUUACCAUGUUAAGUCUUUGGUCCUGGAAGAAGAGAUGAAGGCGAGUAAGGCUAUAGGCCUGUGGGCCACAUUGAAGGCGCAGUCCAUUCCAAUCAUAAGUCCGCCGCUACUGAAGAACACCAUCGUCAUCUCUUUGUUAUUUAUGGGGAUUUAUAUGUGUGUGAAUCCCUACCUCAUGUGGUUGCCAUUCAUAACUGACUCCGCUAUGAGGACCAUCGAGGCUGGCGAGACCAACCUCACCAUCUGUCAAAUGAUCCGGGCGGGACAAACUUAUGCAAUGGAACAAAUGGCUGGCAAUUCGGGGACGUGUGUUUUGAAUCAGACUGCGAUGUUGGUAAUUCUGUCUGAGUCCCUUCUGUUCACGAUACUGAAUAGCGCCAUGAGCGGUGUCAUCAAUACGGUUGGAAGACGCCGACUUCUUAUUGGCAUACAGCUAACCUCAGCAGCGGCGGGCCUGUGCUUGAACUACAGCAGCCAGCUCCCACUGAGCGCGCUGCUGUUCGCCGUGUACCUCAGCCCCGUACUCGGCAUGGGCAUCAUCACCAGCUUCAGUGUCGAUAUCUACCCCACGCACUUACGUGCCAUGGCGGUGUGUCUGACGGUGAUGGUAGGCCGCGCCAGCACCAUCGUGGGGAUCAACAUCCUCAAGGACCUGCUCAUGAGGAACUGUGAACUCUCCUUCAACGUGUUCUCGUGUAUUAUUCUAGUGACGGCGUGCAUAUCGUUCCUGCUCCCAUUAGACAAACGACCAACAAAGAAAAAAUCCGAAGAAAUCUCAACAUGAACCUAGUAAAUAAGUCACCUAGUUGAUAAGGCAAAUUAAGACUUUUAUUAUCUUUACGAUUUUUGUAUAAAUACAAAUAAACCUGUAUUAUAAAACAGUUUA